AACAUGUGAAGUUCUAGCACACGUUUCUUUCUUUUAUAUAUAUAUAUAUAUAUACGGUUCCAAUCGUUGUGCACCUUAUCUAAUCAUGGAUCCAUUGAGUUGCGUGAAAGAAAAGCGUAAAAUGCUCACGAUCCAACAAAAAAUCGAUAUUCUGGAAAAAUUGGAACAGGGAAGAAAAAAUCGUGAGCUUUGCAAAGAGUAUGGACUUUGCAGUUCCACCAUUUCAACCAUCUUGAGGAACAAAGAUAAAAUCUUUCAAUAUUUCAAUGAACUUCAAAAUACCCAUGGUAAUGCAAGAAAGAAAAAAAUCAUCACUGCUCCUGAUCUUGAAAUUCUUGAUAAAAUUGUCUAUGCAUGGUAUUGUGAGAAACUGACUAUUGGAGAACCAAUUUCGGGAGUACUUUUGAGAGAGAAAGCACUUUUUUUUUACCAACAACUUAAAGACAAUGGAAAAAUAGUGGAAGGAUCACUCGAAUUUAAAGCUAGUAAUGGCUGGUUGAGAAACUUCAAAGACAGGCACGAAUUUCGUAUACUUCAACUCAAAGGGGAAAAACCUUCAGCCAAACACGAGGGAAGUGAUUCAUUCAUUACGUUUUUCAAAGAGUUUCUGCAAGAUAACGAGUACGAAUAUGAGAAUGUGUACAACGCGCAGGAAACAGGUUUGCAGUAUCGAAGUUUGCCAAAUCGCACUUUUGUUUCUGCAAAUGAAGAAGAAGUAGCGGAGCAUAAGCCAUUAACAGAUCGCUUGACUGUCAUGCUUUGUGCUAAUGCGAUUGGAUCACACAAAAUACCUCCAUUAAUUAUUGGAACAUCAAAAAAACCUCGCUGCUUGGAAAAAGAAAAAACACUACAUGUCGAUUAUAUUGACCAGGAAAAUGCGUGGAUGACAACAGACAUUUUUUUGUAUUGGUUCCGAGAAAUAUUCCUGAAAAACGUUCGAAAGUUGAAGCCUCAUGCAAGGAUUGUUCUUCUACUGGACAACGCACCCGCGCAUUCUCCGACUGAACCAUUAAAUUCGAUCGACCAUAAGUGCGAGAUUAUAUACCUUUCUCCUAACGUUAGCAGCCUGAUUCAACCGAUGAAUCAGGGAGUGAUAUCAGCUGUGAAACUUCAUUACAAAACGGGAUUUUUGCGAGAACUAUUAGCAGGCCAGCACGACAACAAGGCUUCUGUUAUCAAAUUUGUGAAGAAGUUUUCUGUGCUUGAAUACAUAGGGAUUCUACGGAAUGCCUGGAGUUCUAUCACUACGAGUGUUCUGAGCAAUUCAUGGAAGAAGUUGAUACCGAGCUUGGUCUCAAGUACAAGCGUGAUUCCCUCAAAUGAAGAACUGCUUCGCCUGGUGAAUCAAGUUCCUGGAGGAAACUCGCUUUCUGCGAACGAAGUUUCUGAUUGGCUAAGCCAGGAACGAAAUUUGCCCGUUUUUGAGGGCAGUAGUGAUCAACAAUUGUUGCAUUUAUAUGCCUCAAUUCAGUUGCCAGUCUCCGACAUAGAAGAGAGUCUGGAUUCAAACGUCGAGGAAGCUGAAGAGCUUGAAGAAUCUGCUGAUGAAUCUGUUUGUCUUUCGACACCAGACGUUAUUCUCAAAGAAACGCAGAGCAUUAUAAACUGGACGCGGAGAACGAUGCAUCUCACAGAUGAAGAAAAUUUGGCUUUGAUAAAGGUUCGAGACCAAGCACUCGAUAUGGUACUGGCUGGGAAAGUAAUAAAGGAGGAAGUAGAGUAAAAAAAGAGCAAACUAUACUGCCGUGCAUACGUGUUUGGCCACCUCUUUUUUAUAUGACUGAAUUAAUUCUCUUAAUUUUCAUUAUGCCAAAGCUAAACAAAAUUCUCCUAAAAGGGUUGAUUGUUCUCGAAAUUCUGUAUAAAAUGAGCCCAGGGUGAAGACAAUUUGUCUAGUUUUUAAGUAUAUAUUGCAAAACAGUGUAAAUUUCAAUGUUUU